UUUUCAUUUCCAAGUUGGCAGCUACGCGUGACAGGCCGAUUUUCGACGAUACUCAAACCGGGUGUUUCGUUAACCUCUACCAAUAACAGUGUCUGUCAUAAUAAUCCGCCGUAACGGCCAUUCCAAAAUGUGAUCCAAACUGUGGCUACAUGCUUCAAUCGAGACGUUACUCUAAGUGCAAAAAGCAAAACAACUUGUGGUCCACCUACCUACCCUCCUAGUCUCACAUAACCGGUGUGAACCCGUGGCUUCGGCAAACCCAAAAUGUCGCCCAGCGCGGCCAGCGACUAUGUAACCGAAAGUGAAACCGGACGGCACAAGAUAAUCGUUGCUGUGACAAGUUUUGAGAUAGUUACGUAAAGUGUCGAACACAAAUCCCGAAAGCCUCAGGAACACACACACACACACUUACAGACCGCGGGACAGGGACGAGGAGCUGGUGAAACCAAUCUUGUUCCUGUCUUCCUGCCACUUCCGCACAGCGGCGGAAGGAAGGCGAGAAAGUGCCAACGCAAAAACAGUAAAACUGCCAACUAAACGAACGACAGAGUGUUUGUGUGUGUGAGUGAGUGUAGUGGAGUCAGAAGUUACUGCUUCGCGGGCACCCUCUAAAUGACUGCGCGUGACGACGUGAAGAACUGACCCGCCAGGACAGAAGCUGUUCCCAGCAGGAGCUGCCGCAGUGUUCAGCCUGUUCGCAUCCGAAACGGAAGAACGAUGGCAUCCAGCGGGCGAACGCGAAUGACGUCAGCCGACGUUCGGCUGUGCAUCAAACUGCGCCACUGCCUAACAAUGUUUGCGUGGAUGGCGAUCUUGCUGCAGCAUCCCGGUGCAGAUGCUCAAGAUCUCAACACACCGCCAGUAAUUGUGGUGGACCGGCACUGGCGCAUACCGGAGAACACGACCGUCGGCACGAUGAUUACGCGCGUCAAUGCGGAAGACAACGAGGACGACAAGCUGGAGUUUGGGCUGGACGCACUGGUCGCCGGCCAGGAGCAACCGUUCAUUAUCGACCCCAACACCGGGUUCGUGUUUCUGAACAGCAGCAUCGAGGGCCGAGCUGGGCAGAACUUUUUCGUCUACGUCACGGUGAGCGACGGCAGCGUCACCUCCAAGAACGAGGUGUACGUGAACAUCCUGAGCAAAAACGCGACCGGUUUGUACAAGUCGCGCGGGUCGCAGUUUACGCCCAGCAUCGAUAACAUACGUCAAAUACUGCCACCGGGCAUAAAUCUGCCUGGGAUUAGCUCGCGACCACAGAUCCCACUGCCGCCGCUACCGUCACAGUUUACACGGAAACCACCGACCGUGCCGGGGCCGGGUCUGGAAAGUGCCGAGGCGACUCCAACGCCACCACCACCGUCCAAGCAAACCAAAACCUAUCCCGAUCGACCAAUCGUCACAGGAAAUGCGUCCACGGUGGUAGAUUCUUCCCCCACGACACAUCCCGUCGAGCCGAGUGUCUACAAUGGAACAAAGCUGUCUCCCAUUCCACCGGUGAUUAACACUACCGCGCCGCAUCCCACGAUUGCUGGCGAGAGCAGUACACCAACCACUCCAAAGCUACCGCUCCAACCUACGAUAACCACCGGCACGGUACCGAUCCAUGCCCAUCCGCACGAGGAAACCAACACCGUCAAGAUACUGCUCCCGGUGAUCAUCUCCGUGGCGAUCAUCUUCGUCACCGCCGGGCUGAUCGCGAUCUGCUUCUUCCGCAAGUAUCUGUGCGCGCUCAGCAAAACGCUCAAGAAGAAAAACAAAAUCGAUAAAGCCAAAAAGUCAAACCAAAGCAACGGCAGCAGCAACAUUACCUCCACCGCCGAGGAUAGCCGCAACUCGAUCGGGCUGAGCCACUGGACGGGCCCGAUGGCGUUCAGCAACCGGUACACCUCACCGUGGGAGCGGGACACGAACGGUCACCUGCAGGCGACGUCCCAGCUGUCCGAGGAGUCGAACGGGUCGAUCGUGAAGGAUCGCUGGGAGUUUCCACGCCACCGGCUGAAGGUGUUCAACAUCCUCGGCGAGGGUGCGUUCGGGCAGGUUUGGCGCUGCGAGGCGACCGAUAUCGAUGGGCACGAGGGCGUAUCGGUGACGGCGGUCAAAACGCUCAAGGAAAAUGCGAGCGAGGCGGAGCGGAACGAUCUGCUGUCGGAGCUGCAGGUGCUGAAGUCGCUCGAACCGCACAUCAACGUGGUGCGGCUGCUCGGCUGCUGCACGGAGAAGGAUCCAAUCUUCGUGAUACUGGAGUACGUCAAUAUGGGCAAGCUGCAGACGUUCCUGAGGAACUCGCGCGUGGAGAAACAUUAUGGAAAUACUCACGGCAAGUCAAAGAUUCUUACCUCGGGUGAUCUUACCUCGUUCAUGUACCAGGUCGCACGUGGGAUGGAUUUUCUAACAUCCCGUGGGAUCAUACAUCGUGACCUGGCCGCCCGUAACAUUCUCAUCACCGACGACCAUACGUGCAAGGUGGCGGACUUUGGGUUCGCCCGCGACAUCGUCACCUCUAAGGUGUACGAGCGGAAGAGCGAGGGCCGGUUGCCGAUCCGCUGGAUGGCGACCGAGUCACUGUACGACAACAUCUUCACCGUCAAGUCCGACAUCUGGAGCUUCGGCAUCCUGAUGUGGGAGAUCGUCACGCUCGGCUCCACGCCCUAUCCGGGCAUUGCGGCGGCGGAUGUGAUGCGCAAGGUGCGCGACGGCUACCGGCUCGAGAAGCCGGAACACUGCCGCCGGGAGCUGUACAACAUCAUGUUCUACUGCUGGGCGGCCGAUCCGAAUGAGCGGCCCGGCUUCCCGGAGGUGGUCGAGAUGCUGGACCGGUUGCUGCAAACCGAGACGGACUACAUCGAGCUGGAGCGGUUUCCCGACCACAACUACUACAAUAUGCUCAACAUGAGCGGCGAGAAGCUGUGAACGGACUGGGGUUGCCCGAGGCCCGGAAAGCCCAUUUGAUAAGCAUACUCAAACGAACAAAGGCGAUAGAAAUUGAAGCCUGCACCACACGCAACCACAAGGUGUGCAUGGUUUGCAAGUAAUCGACUAGGUUGUGAUAAGAUUGAGGUCUGAUUCCGAUCGUAGGAAUGAUCGUUUGCUCUUAUUUAUACGAGCUCGUCCGGGAGUUGUAUAGCGACAGAGAACAAAUAGAUAAAGUGUACCAGCAAAUCCCGCUUCUAGUGUCUAGCGAUAAGUACGAUUGUAAGUUUCAGCUGGAUUUAACCUGAUUUUAUUAAGCAUUCAUUUCUCUGUGUACAUACAUUGGCGUUGGAUCAGACGAUCUGCGUGCAAACCCUCCCCCCCCCCCCUCAUCUUUUUUCAGCGUUCGGACGAAAUUUGUUAUUUGUAAGCAUUUAAGCAGUGCGGUGUUUAAUAAACAAGUGAAUAUACAAGAA